UGACUUCACGUCUACCUGAAUGACGUAACACGGUCUACCUGGAUUUCGCCGUGGGCGUCUUGCCGCUAAGAAACCUUAAAUGGGCUGAUCGUAAACAUUUGCUGUCGUUCACUACUGUACAUAAGACGGACAUUAAAGAGGGCGAGAAUUCAGUAAGACAACAUACAUUGUUUAUAUUCACACGUUUCAUUUGGUACGACAGUAUGGCAUCCAUUUCAUCCGAACAAAACACACAGCCUAGUCCUCAGCUGCUGUUCGUAGGAGAAAAAGAUAGUAAGCGGCUUUUGGAAGUGUUUGUCAAACGAAGCCUAAGCCUAAAUGAAGGAUCGCCUAGGAUACGUGAGCACCGGUCCAACAAAUUGGUCACCAUAGCAGAGAAGCAGAAGAGAGAUCGCAAACAUUCAAGUGAUACGUCCCUCAACCUGACUUCACAAAUCUCAGAUGCAGAAGAGGAUUUCAGAGAGGAGCUCUUCACCCAAACCGAAUCAGAAAGAAAGGUCGAUACGCCGUCCGAGAAAACGUUCAUAAAGUGGAAAAUUAAAGGAAGUGUGCGUCGCAAGAACGGCUCUGAUGCGUCUCUAAAGUCCAAUAGCAAACCUAAAAAAUGGUUUCAACGAGAAAAAGGCAAGGAAGACGAUGGACCAAACCAUGAGGCUUCACCUUUUCAAACCCAUGCGGUUGGAGAUGGUCAUUCAAAGACGGCAAACAAACUGGAGUCUUCUACCGAGGAAAGGAAGAUCGAUGGCUCUGAUGCGUCUCAGAAGUUCAACAGCAAAUCUAAGAAAUGGUUUCUGCGAGAAAAAGGCAGUGAAGAUGAUAGACACAACCAUGAGGCUUCACCUUUUCAAACAUAUGGGGUUGGAGAUGGUCAUUCAAAGACGUCAAACAAACUGGAGUCUUCUACUGAGGAAAGGAAGAUCGAUGGCUCUGACACGUCUCAAAAGUUCAACAGCAAACCUAAAAAAUGGUUUCUGCGAGAAAAAGGCACUGAAGAUGAUAGACACAACCAUGAGGCUUCACCUUUCCAAACAUAUGGGGUUGGAGAUGGUCAUUCAAAGACGUCAAACAAACUGGAGUCUUCUACAGAGGAAAGGAAAAGCAAAGAGAGCAAGAAGCAAAAGAAGCCCACAGUAUGGAAGAGUAUCUUGAAUUGGUUUUCCAAAGGAAACCAGGAAAAGGAACAAGAAGUUCAACCGGCCGUAGAAUCGCCCCCUUCUUCUGCACCCCCAUCACCACAGAUUUCAUGUUUGCCUUUAUAUGAGAAAGGUGAUAUCGGUAUGCGCCGCUCCAAAAGUAUGAAAAAGAGACAAUCUCGGGGUUCAAUGAAAUGGAGGCGAAGUGGAGAUAUGUCAAAUGUGGAAAAUGGAAAAGUUAUUGAAAUGGUGGAGCCAAACAACUGUUAUUAUGAGAAAGUAUCGGAGGAACUGGAGAAAAUCGUGCAUGAAGUAAAAGACAGCCCAGCUGAUGGGAACGCUGCUUUUCAACCUACGGGCCAGAAUGGUGUAAAAGCUCCUUGUUUAAGAGACUAUGAGGAUGUUAUCUCGAGGAUCACAGAACUGAUAAAACAGGAAGGCGACUUCAUAGAUGACAAGAUUAAAGACAACACCGUUGUGAGUUCAUUUCUGGAAGGCUUCUCCUACAGAUCUUUCCAGCAAAUGGCUGACCAGUAUGUCCAGUCUGAAGUUCCAGAUAAGGAAACCAAACGGCCCGUCGUUGCUCCAGAACUGGUGAAGUUUGCCUUCACCCUGGACUUCACAGCCAGGGUGGCAAAUCUCCAUCACCUAUCUACGGGCCAAAUCAUGGGCUUCGGAAACCAGUAUCUCCAAGAUCGCUUUACACAUAUGAGUGAGAGUCAUCCACAUCUCAAUGACACUAGAACAGAUGGACUUAAAUCAGAGAACCUUGACCAAGAUUAUGCGAGCAUAUGAAGUGCUUUCCUAUUGGCGUGACUUGGCACUUUGAAACAGCAACACUGGGAUAAUGUGAACUUUUAAGCCUUAUAUCACCAACGUUUCAGACAUGAUAAUGGAACUGAAAAAACAAGCAUAGCUUUAAGUUGUGUAAUAAUUGUGUAAUAACACAUAUAUUAUGUGAAUGCACAUUAGACUUUUUUAAUAUGUCAUAGACGCUGCAUCCGAAAUCGCAUACUUCCUAUCAAGUAGUAUGUUCGCUUUCAUAGUUUUCGAUAAACAGUAGGCACAAAGUACCCGGAGGACCUACUACUUCCGGCUAGAUUUUUAAGUGUGCAUUCGAUGGACACCAUGAGGCCACACGAGCCUCCCAAUGAAAAAGUAAAUAUAUAAUAAAAAUACCGGAAAUCUAUGAACGCCGCGAGAGGUGAUUUAGGUAGCAAGAAAUGUAUUUCUCCUAGUACUUGUUAAGCAACGCAUACAUAAUUUAUGGUGGUGGGUGGUUGUUCUGAUUACAUCGUAGGUCAAAGGGCAUGCGGGGUCACAUGACAAUGAAAACAUGGCGGAUGCAAUACGUCCGAAAUGUAUUCAUACUACACCCACACAUACUAUAUAAAGUAUACUGUUUUAACGAUAAAGCAGUUCUUCAUCUAAUUCAGUGCAUACUACCAAAGUACAUGAUUUCAGAUGCAGCGAGAGUUUUAUUACUAAAUAGUGCGGUCUGAUGCUGCAGAAAAUGUUGGAAAGAACGUGUUUGAGAGAGUUUAAAUAAAAAACUAUUUCUGAAAAAGCCGCUAACAAGAGCUAGCAAUCUUCUAAAUGCAUAUUUGAAAUGAAAGGUUCGCUAUCAAUAAGAAAACACCCUUUAAAUUUGCAAUAUAAAGUUUUGUAACUUUUAAAAUAUAUUUUUUAGAUAUGUAACUGUGUAUG